AUGGCGACCUCAAAUGAAGUAGUAGUAGUAGACGAUUUAAAAGAUUUAGUUAGACUUCGUGGAACAAAUAAACAAAAGUUAACUUUGCUAGAGAAAUUCAUUACUAAAACAAAAGACAAGGGUGACUUUGAUAUUCAAGAUGUUCAAUUUAGAUAUGAUAAUCAUAUAAACUUAUUAAAUGAUUUUGAUAUAGUUCAAACAGAGAUAGAAAAGAAAUGUUCUGAGGGUCAAUUACCGGAGCACUAUUCAGAAAGAGAGGAGUUUGAAAAUCGAUUUUAUGCGGCACAAGCAUAUUUAAAAACCAUUUUAAGACCGGUAGCGGUAAACAGUAAUAACGUACAAUACGGUCAAUUAGGUCAAUCUAGUGAAUUUAAAGCAGUGAGUGAUCCCCUGCAAAAUGUCCUAUUACCGAGAAUAAAAUUGCAAACGUUCUCUGGGGAGUUUCAAUUUUGGGUUAGUUUCAAAAAUAGCUUCAAUGCGACCAUUGCGAAUAAUGCAUCCCUUAGUGAUGGGCAGAAGUUUCAUUUCUUGAAGGCUUCCUUGCAAGGGUACGCAGCCAGUUGUAUUGAAGGUUUAGAGAGCGUAGAUCAACCAUUUCAGAAAGCCUGGGAUUUAUUAUGCGAUAGGUUCGAUAAAAAACAGUUUUUAAUAGACAGCCACUUUAAAUCAUUACUAAAUUUAACCAUGAUGCAAAAAGAUAAUUAUAAUUAUGCUAGUUUUCGAAAUAUGUUAGACGAGAUAUCCAAACAUUUAACUUCCUUGGAAGGUAUAGACGUACCAAAAGAAAAGUUAUAUGAUUCAUUUAUGAUACAUAUCUUAAUCAACAAGUUCCAGAAAAAUACUAUACGCGAAUGGAAAGAAACUAAGGUUGCAAACGAUUUGCCUACUUUAGAACAUUUUAUCAAUUUUUUAAAAAAUAAGACGGACAUACUACAAAGUUUGGAUGAAUCUCAAACGGCUAAAUCACAGUCUUCAAGUUCAAAUAAGUAUCAUAACAGAUCUAACAAUCUAGUGCACUUUGCGGUUAAAAACCGAUGUAAUUUUUGUAGAAAGGAACAUUCAAUUUAUAAAUGUCCCACCUUUAAAGCGUUAUCAGUCGAAGAGAGGUUUCGGGAAGUUAGAAAACUUAAAUUAUGCGAAAAUUGUUUAUUAAGUGGUCAUGAUAAGAGAAAUUGUAAAUUUGGUCCAUGUCCUGUUUGUAAGACUCACAAACAUAACACGUUGCUUCAUAAAGAUUAUGCAGAAGUUUCAAUUCGUGACACUAAUCAUCAAGUAAGUUCACCUAGUACUUUUGAUCAUAGAAAUGAUGGUGUAGAACAGCAAAUAAGUAUAAAUUUUGCAAAAAAUGAGAGUCAAGUUUUAUUAGCUACAGUUAUGUGUAAUAUUAAAGACCAAGAUGGUAAGUUCACAACACAAAGUACCUCAUCAUUAGCGAUAAAUUAG